UUAUUUUAAUCAUGUUUACCGUCUUAUAUGUUGCAUCAUGUGUGGAAGUUUAAUGCACAUUGUAAUGCAAAAAUAUAAGAACAUUCAGAACAUGAUGGAUAUUUAUGGUAAAUCCGUGAUCUUAAUAAAUUCAUUAGACGUUUUUAACAACUAAUUAAUUUUACACAAAAAACAGGUGUGUAUGAUACCAUCUCAUAUUAAUGCCACAUUCUCCCACUGCGACCAAAGCCAGUCAGCAUUACCAUACCAUCUAAGGUUCAGUAGUGAUGAAGGAACGUAGUUGUUUGUCAGUACAAGAUCUUCAUCAUAUAAUCCUGACCUAAACCAUCAGAUGAUCUGAUGAAGAACUCGUAACGUUUAUUUUCUCAGUGAGACGAGGAUGUGAUUUAAAAUCACAUUUUCUAUUCUAAAUAAAGAGAAAGGAGGUGGAAACCAGUGGUGUAGGUCUAUUGUGAGCAGUCAGCAAAUAACAAGAUUUAAUAAAUGAUAUUUGGCUUUAUUUAUUUAUGCUUUCAGGAUGUGCAGUACAUGUAUUUCUCAGUGAACACGCUAGCUAAUGUGAUAAUAGUAAUGUUAUAAAGUGCAUGUGUGUUCACUGAGAAAUACUGUGUGAUAAGAGUAAUGUUAUAAAGCUGUUUCUAUUCACACAGCUUUUAUUAUAUGCUCUAAUUUAUUAUUGGCUUUGAUUGUAAAACAACUCUAAUUAUACAAAUAAUAGACAAAAGUUCAACAACAGUACACCAUUGAAUCAGUUGACUUGAGGUCACUGGUUUAAAACCUGUGUGUGUGGUUUUGCUGAGUGUGAGACUGGCUGCAUGGUCCUCUCCUUUAUCUCAGUGUUUAGCUGGUCAGUGUGGGGUUUCCCUUUUGUUCUGUCUCUGUAAUCCAGACUGGCCUUUUAUUUAUUUAAUUUUUUUGUUUAUUUUAUACUGUGCUGUAUUAUUUUUGUUGUGGUUUUUUUUUUUUCUUUUCUAUCCAUCGUCAUUUUUUAUUGCCUUUUUUUAAUUACUGCUGUAGUUUUGAUGAUCUACAGUGUUCUCUUGUUUUUUUCUCUUCACUGUGUGUUCCUGCUGAACAAUGUGGAUUAUGUUCAGGCUCUACCUGCAGUGACUGCUGUGGACACUAGGGGACAGGAACUGCACCCAAUGCAGAAAAUUUUCUCAGUAGGUAACUGAGCCUGACCUGGACGAGGAUCCAGAUGAAAUGAAUAAAGUACCAGGACCCCAUCCUCCUCCCCCCCUGCACCUUCCCCUAACCUCCCCCCGCCUAACUUCUCACCCACUCCACCACCAUCUAUGGUGUUUGCCACACCCACUCCUCCUCCAAUGAACCCCACAGCUCCUCCCCGUCAGCCGUUCUACCCUGUUCGGCCCACAUUACCCACAAACCCAGCCCGAGCCCAAGCAAGCUCCGCCCCCCGGCCCAUCGCUCCACAUGGGGGACACACCCCUCACGUCUUCCAGCCCGGCUCCCAGAUGAUGAUGAUCCAAUCUCAGCCGAUCAGCUUCCCUAACUCUCAGGGCCCCGCCUACUACAUCCCCAGCCAGUACCGCCCCUCGUAUGUGUCUCCUCAACAGUACCAAGUUGCUGGUUCUCCAAACUUUUAUCCUGGAAGUGGUUCUGCUGAGUAUGCUGCAGCGUACUACCCUACCCAGCCCCAGUUUACACCUCCUGUAGCCACGGCACCUGUCCUCAUAAACCCCGCCCCCCAGCAGCAACCGACUCCGCCCCCUCAGCAGCCCAGCGCACCGGCCAAACGGGAACGCAAACCGAUAAGGAUACGAGACCCUAAUCAAGGAGGUAAAGACAUCACGGAGGAGAUCAUGUCCGGGGCCCGCAGCGCCUCCACACCGACGCCUCCACAGUCUGCUCUGUCUGUGUCAGAGGGUGGAGCCAUCACACAGUCUAACGAUGAACCACAAAAGCCUGUAGUAUCCCUAGAGUUCCCCAUUCCCCCAGGCGAAAGCCCCAUCCCGGACACCUCACCCACUCCGCCUCCCACCAGUCCAAUCAGUGACGCAGUUGAUCCUCCACUUCCUGCCAUUGAUAAAGUUCCACAACCCGAAGACGGUAAACUGACCGAGGCAGUGGUUUCUUCAAACUGUUCUACAGAAAAUGGGGCAGGUCCAGCAGGAGCAGUGUGUAUACCUCUUCCUGGUUCAGAGGCAGAGCCAGCACUUGAGUCUCCAAUCGCACAGCCAGAGGAGCUGCAGCUUGUAAACGGUUUAACUUCAGACGCAAACAGAGACAUCAGCCCUCUCGCUGAGCCUGACAUCACCCAAGAGGCUCCGCCCAUUAUUGAGGAAUGCUCCACAAGGACUACCAAAGCUGUCUCUCAUGUCAAGGAAAUCCUGACUCAGGUCUCCAGCGAGAUGCUGCCACUUCAAUCCUUCAUGGAAUCUUGUGUCCCUGGUGUAAAAGAAACACCAGCUUCUCAGCCAACACUUGCUCCAGAUGUCGCUGAGAUUUCCAUUCCUGGUGUCACAGAAACCCUGUCUGUGGUUGCCAAGGAUACCUCUUCUGUAGCUAGCAUGGAGAUCCCUGCACCAGUUGCCGUGGAGACUCCCCUUGUAAAGGUGGCUCCUCCCCCGAGUGCGAAGGUGGCUCCUCCCCCGGGUGCGAAGGUGGCUCCUCCCCCGAGUGCGAAGGUGGCUCCUCCCCCGAGUGCGCAGGUGGCUCCUCCCCCGAGUGCGCAGGUGGCUCCUCCCCCGAGUGCGCAGGUGGCUCCUCCCCCGAGUGCGCAGGUGGCUCCUCCCCCGAGUGCGCAGGUGGCUCCUCCCCCGAGUGCGAAGGUGGCUCCGCCCCCAGUUGCUACAGAAACCAUUGAGCCUGUAAUCAAAGAAACCGUUGUUGAGGAUCCUUGUCCUGUUGCUAAGGAGAUACAAGAGGUAAUUGUCAAGGAAACGCCACAUACUUUGGAGCCUGUGUGUGUAGCUGCUAAAGCCAUGCGUCCUCCUCUUCUUCCUUUUCCUGUUCCUGCUGAAGAACGAGAGGACAUGCCCCCUCCACAAACAGCCUUGGAAAGCACUAUGCAAGCUGUUUCUGUGCCAAGGAAGAAGAGGAAAUUGAAGGAACUAAACAAGAAGGAGACUGGUGAUGUGCUGGAUGCAUUUAAAGAGACCCCCCCACCAAAGCCAGAGGCCACACCCCAGGUAAAAUUAGAACAGGUGCAGCCAACUCCAGUAGCUCCAACCUCUGUAGAAGAAGCAGAAGAAACGUGGGAGGAGAAGGAGGACAAGGAGGACAAGCUCGAUGCUGAAAACGUCCAAACACAAAGUCCUGCUCCAGCCACGCCCACCGAGCAGAAAUACCAAUACAAAGAGGAACAGUGGAAACCUCUCAACCCUGAGGAGAAGAAGAAAUAUGACCGAGAGUUUCUGCUGGGCUUCCAGUUUAUCAGCGCUAGCAUGAGCAAGCCCGAGGGCCUACCACACAUCAGCGAUGUGGUCCUGGAUAAGGUGAAUAAAACUCCUCUGCGGCCGUUAGACCUGAGCAGGAUCAAUUGUGGUCCUGACUUCACCCCCUCAUUUGCUAACCUGGGUAGACAGCCAGCCGGGGGGCGUGGCCCGGCUGUGGGUUUGCCUGGACCGAGGCGUUCUGGUCAGUCUGGAUCCCGUAAGGAGCCGAGAAAGAUCGUCCUGUCUGGAGUGUCCCUGAACGACGAUAUUCAGCUGAACAAGGCCCAGAAUGCGUGGCGGCGUGGGGCAGCACCAGAGAAGGAUGACCCUGAGUCGGCAAAGACGCAGGAGCUGCUGCGGCGUGUGCGAGGCGUUCUGAACAAACUCACCCCUCAGAUGUUCCAGUCGCUGAUGAAGCAGAUCACAGAGAUGACCAUAGACACAGAGGAGAGACUGAAGGGUGUAAUUAACCUGGUGUUCGAGAAGGCCAUCUCCGAACCCAACUUCUCUGUCGCAUACGCAAACAUGUGUCGCUGCCUCAUAGGGUUGAAAGUACCUACCUCCGAUAAGCCAGGAGUGUCUGUGAAUUUCCGAAAACUUCUGCUGAACCACUGCCAGAAAGAAUUCGAGAAGGACAAGGAUGAUGACGAGACGUUUGAGAAGAAACAGAAGGAGCUUGACGCUGCCACUGAGGAAGAGGUACGUCAGCGUCUGAAGGAGGCGUUGGAAGAGGCGAAGGACGUGGCAAGGCGGCGUUCACUCGGCAACAUCAAAUUCAUCGGAGAGCUCUUCAAACUCAAAAUGCUCACAGAGAACAUCAUGCAUGACUGUGUGGUCAAACUGCUUAAAAACCACGAUGAAGAGAGCCUCGAGUGUCUCUGCAGACUGCUUUCCACCAUCGGCAAAGACCUGGACUUUGAAAAGGCCAAGCCUCGUAUGGAUCAGUAUUUCCACCAAAUGGAGAAGAUUAUUAAAGAGAAGACCUCCUCCAGAAUCCGGUUCAUGCUGCAGGACGUCAUCGACCUGAGAAGAAAUAACUGGGUGCCCAGGCGAGGAGAUCAGGGCCCCAAGACGAUCGAGCAGAUCCACAAGGAUGCAGAGAUGGAGGCGCAACGAGAACAGAUUAAAGUCCAGCAGCAGCUUCUCUCCAAGAAUAGUUCGCGUGGAGGUGGAGGUGGAGGAGGAGGAGGAGGUGUUACCCUAGGUCCCAGAGGUGUCGGCUCUGCCUCACACCGGGGAAACCCACCACCAGAUGACGGCUGGAACACGGUUCCCAUCUCCACCAAGAACCGUCCGAUUGACACCAGUCGCCUAAGCAAGAUCACCAAGCCUGGAGCUAUGGACUUUAAUAACCAGCUACUUGCCCCCGGUGGCAAAGGAUCAUGGGGCAGCUGGGGCAAAGGGAGCAGUGGAGGCUCAGGGGCCAAGCCAAGUGAAGCUGCUCAGGAUUCGGGUCGUCCGAGCACGCUGAAUCGCUUCUCUGCCCUCCAGCAGCCUGCUUCAUCCUCCUCAUCUUCCUCAAACAUGGACACAGACAGAAGAGUACCACAAAGAAGCAGCUCAAGUCGAGAGCGCAGUGACCGUCUGGAGCGCGGUCCGGACAGGAACCGACCCGCCAUCACUAAGCGAAGCUUCAGUCGAGACAAAGACGAGUGGGAGCAGAGGCCAGCCGAGAUGGUGCGCAAAGUCGCUAGCAUGACGGACGAGCGAGAACGAGCGAGAGAGCGUGAACGGGAGAGAGAGAAAGAACGAGCAUCCAGCAAAGACACCGUGAGAAAAGAACCUGUCUCUACACCACCUCCUGCUCCAUCUAAACCAGCUCUAAGCCCUGAAGACCUGGAGAAGAAAUCCACAGCCAUAAUCGAGGAAUACUUGCACAUCAGUGACAUGAAGGAGGCGCUGCAGUGUGUGACUGAGCUGAACUCUUCAUCGCUGCUCUACGUGUUUGUGAGGACAGGAAUCGAGUCGACUCUGGAGCGCAGCACCAUCGCUAGAGAGCACAUGGGCUUACUGCUGCACCAACUGGUUAAAGCUGGAACACUCUCUCCACAGCAGUAUUUCAAAGGAUUGAUGGACGUGCUGGAAGUGGCUGAGGACAUGGCUAUUGAUGUUCCUCAUAUCUGGGUUUACCUGGCUGAGCUCAUUGCUCCCAUCCUGCAUGAUGGUGGGAUUCCCAUGGGCUCCCUCUUUAGGGAAGUAUCUAAGCCUCUAUUACCUACUGGCAAAGCUGGAGAUCUGCUGGCACACAUCCUCACCCUGCUCUGCAAAGGAAUGAGCCAUAAGAAGGUUGGAACCUUAUGGAGGGAAGCGGGACUUAGCUGGAAGGACUUCCUGUCUGAGGAUGAAGAUCUCAACAAGUUUGUGACUGAGAAGGAAGUGGAAUACACAAUGGAUGAGGAGUGUGUGAAAGUUGGUAGCAGAAGGAAAUCUUUGAGUGUGGAAGAGAUCUCCAAACAGUUGGACCAACUGCUGCAGGACAAAUGUGACAACCAGCGUAUAUUCAACUGGGUGGAGGCAAACCUGGACGAGCAGCAGGCUUCAUCAAACGCCUUUGUGCGAGCUCUAAUGACCUCCACGUGUCAGGCUGCAAUCAUCUGUGAAACACCAUAUAAAGUGGAUACUGGGGAGAUUUCCCAGAGGGCCAAGCUGCUCCAGCGCUACAUUAAGGAGGAGCAGAAGGAGCUGCAGGCACUUUACGCAUUACAGAGCCUCAUGGUGAAGUUAGAACAGCCUCCAAACUUGCUGCGGAUGUUUUUCGACGUGCUCUACGAUGAGGACAUCAUUAAGGAGGACGGCUUCUACAAGUGGGAGUCGAGUAAAGAUCCAGCUGAGCAGCAGGGGAAAGGCGUUGCCCUCAAAUCAGUCACCGCCUUUUUCACCUGGCUCCGGGAAGCCGACGACGAAUCAGAUAAUAGCUGAAACCCCGCCUCCUUUCACAAUUUUACAGGAGUCGAAACGAUGCGUUUUGGAAUUGGAAAGUUUUUGGAUCUUUUUUUUUUGCGUUAUGUUGACAAAUCUUUUUUUGUUUUAGAUGAAAAAAAAAUAAACAGUUGAUUUAUAUAAAGAAAUUGACGAGGAUAAAGGCGAUGAUGUUCCGUUAUGGUUUCAGCAGUUCCUGACAUCGGCUUGGCGUCGCUGUAAAUCUCACACUUUGCUCAUGACGUGUUCCUGCAGCGACGUGAGGAUCAGAAGCUGCUCAGAGCUCAAGAUAUUUGUUUGUAACUCUUGGAGUGUCAUGUGGAGACGAACUCUUUACUCUGUGCUGGAGAAUGAAGUGCUGUGCUGAUUUUAUUUUUUUCCCCCUCCAUCAGAUUUUUUCACCUGAACAGGUGACAUCAAGUCCAGAGCUGUGAUUGGGUGUUUUUUUUUUUUAUUGAGACCUGCUUCCUGAUAGCUCUGUGUGAUGCAAAAAAAAAAAAAACGUCAGAGUGUGAACUUUGACCUUUUUUCUGCUGCUGCUGCUGCUGAGGGGGUGACGUUACACUAACAAUCACCCUGAACUUGUCUGAUUUCACUUUUGUCCACAAAAACCCUGGUUUACUGAAUCCGUGUGAAUCGUGUAGUGCAUUUUAUAAAACAAAAUCAAUACUAAAACGUAGAAAAAAAUCUCAGCGCUUGUGUGGAAGGAGGAGUGUAAGAAAGGCGAAAGUGUUAAACAUCUAAAGGAAUAAUAAGAGAAACCGAUGGGGACGGUGUGAGAUGUUUCCGCUAUCGUACCGCGUUUCAGGAGAGUCCUGUAAAUAUUUAGUUUUUUGAUUGUUUUUGUUUAAACUUUUCAAUAAUAAAAUAAUGCUAACUUUAA